AUGAUAGCUGAUGAACAGCUUGUCAGUCAUCCUUUUGGGAUUUCUGGUGGAAAAGUUAUAAAACUCGCAAAGGUGAUUAAGGAAUUAAAUAGUCAAAAAGCAACUAUAAAGACUCCUAAAUGCCAGUUCUGCCAUGGAAUGAUUUUCUUAUUAAUGCCUUUUAUAACGCUCAUCAAUAAUUCUGAAGAAACUAAAAAAAGGACAGGCAGCAAUAAAAUCCUGCAAUCUCAAAAUCUGUUUAUUUUAUAUCACAGAGAUAUGAGCGCGAGGUUGAAGGCUGAAUCUGCUGAUGAGAAAAUAAAAGAAGCAAAACGUUCAAAAGAAAUUGCUAUUAGGUGGGAAAGAAGAGAAAGCCCUCUUUUACGCUCUUUCUAG